AUGGCCCCCCAAAAGAAGAGCAAGAAGGAUGCCAACAGCAUCAACUCCAAGCUGGCGCUUGUCAUGAAGUCCGGAAAGGUCACUCUGGGCUACAAAUCCAGCUUGAAGUCUCUGCGAUCCGGCAAAGCCAAGCUCAUUAUCAUUGCUGGCAACACCCCCCCUCUUCGCAAGAGCGAGCUCGAGUACUACAGCAUGCUGUCCAAGGCUCCCAUCCACCACUUCUCCGGCAACAACAUUGAGCUGGGUACUGCUUGCGGAAAGCUUUUCCGCUGCUCCACCCUGGCCAUCCUCGACGCUGGUGACUCGGAUAUUCUCAGCGACCAACAGGCUUGA